CAAUUAUAUUUGAAUUACCCUACUAGCGCAACUUCUUCGCCUCAGCAACAACCUUAUUACCCCCCUGGUUACGUUCCGGCCGAAAGCGAUAGGAAAGGAAAAGGCAAGGCUAAAAUUUCAAAGAAAUUAAGAAUUGGCAAUUAA